AUGGAGCUGCCGCUCCGCGAUUCAGCGCUUCCCUCAGCGCGCCCUUGUUCUCCCUUUGUUUCUGACCCUCAUCUUGAUGCACGCCCUGUGUUCACCUCCAACACCACCGCCAAUGACGCCCUUCCCGUGACUCACCCCACUUUCCCCAACACUGACAUCCUGCCCGCCAUGUUCAACAACGGGCUUGUUCUCCACGACCGCCUUGUCCACGACCCCGACGUCGGUAAUGCCGCGACCCCCAACACCACCCACGAUGCCACUUUAUCUGCUGACGCCACGACCAACUACUACCCCUACUUCAACGAUGAAAUUAACGACGCCACAAUCAUCACCACCAUCACCACCACGUCCUCCUCCGUCCAUUCCUCUGCCCUUGCUAUGGCCCCUGCCACGCCUCGCGCUUGUACCGGUUACCCCGACUGCACAGGUUUGCACCCGCGGUCGUCAUCAGCAAAGGAGGGCGCGUCGCUUCUCGAAGCCGUGCACCUCAUGUUUCCCCAGGCAUGGUGGAUGGCAUGCGACAUCUCGCAGCACAUGCAGCCCCUCUCCGUUCGAUAUGGCGUCACAUUCCACAUCAUCAGCAAUCUCCAGUCCACGGCUACAGUGCAGAUUCGAGGCAACGCAUACGGCAUCGAACCUGCAGCUGCCGACCUUGCACACCGCAUCGAAAGCGAUCUGCGCGGCAACUACUCGUUUGGACCAACGCAAACGCUUGAAGCGGCCCUCCCACGCGAAAUGGUGUCUAUCAUCAUCGGUCGUGGUGGAGAAAAGAUUCAGCGCAUCAACAACGAGUCUGGAUGCUCCAUCAUGAUUCAGCAGCUGAGCCUCUACUGCGGCCUGGUCAUCUUCCAAGGCACCGUCUCAAGCAUCCUCAAGGCACAGGUGUUGGUUGAACGACAGCUCAACUCGAUUUCCCGCCGUCAGGGGCUUACUGGUGGUGUUCUCAUCGACGUCAGCGUUGCACGGCAGCUCCCAGUGCAGACGGCCACGGUGCCGAUGAGUGCUGCGCUGCUGUCGUCGCUGCCUUAUCUCUUCCAAGACAUCCAGACCAAAUCGGGCGCCGAGGUCACCUCCAGCCCAGACCCAACCAACCCUGCCACGGCCCACGUAUACCUGCAAGGACUAAGUGGACAGGUGAAGCUUGGCAUCGAGCUUCUCAUGCUGCAGUCGGACUCGCGACCAGCGGGGCAGCACGGAGGGACAGGAGCGCGGUCGUCGCCGUCGCAGCAGUCGUUUGGUGCCCUGCGCGUCACGCGCACAUUCUCGUUCCCCAGCUACCUCACGGCACUUGUUGUUGGGCGCAAGGGAUACGCAGUGAAGCAGCUGCAACAGCAGUCCGGUGCUGCCAUUCACAUUCCAAAGAUGCAAGACAAGGCAGAGAGUGAUGACAUUGAGGCCGUCAUUGUCGGCGAUUCCUCACAGGUUGAAACAUGCCUGCGACUGUUGAAGGACAAAGUUGACUAUCUGAUUGCACAGGGCCACAGCAAGGUUCCUCCCUUUACACACGAGACAAUGGCCAUCGACGAAUCAAAGAUUGGGCUGCUGAUUGGCAAGAAAGGGGCGACAAUCAGGCUGAUGCAGUUGCUAUCCGGAGCACGCAUCACCCUCACUGGCAACGUCGUUACCAGCGUAGAUGGUGGCAGCAGCAGCAGCAACGACACGAGCCGCGACCAAAUCUCCCCAAUCUCGUGCAUCACAUCCUCCACGGCGGACCUGUCUCUCUCACCGCACGUGCGCACAAGCGACUCACCGGUGCGACUGGCCCUCUCAAGCAGCGACCUCGACUCGAGCGGCGACGACGUUCGCACAAUGCACGAUUGCAGCUUCGGUGCACAACAGCCCCACCAGCAGCCCCACCAGCAGAUGGUCCAGAUCCGCGGAUCGCAAGAGCAACUGGAAUAUGCAAAGAUGCUCAUACGUCGGCAUACAAGCUCAAAGCAGGAUGCCCAGCUCUGUCUUGAGGAAGAGCUGCGCCUUGGCUAUGCCCGCCGUGUUCCGAUUCCCGAGAACAAAGUGGGCCUCAUCAUUGGUGCCGAGGGCAACACACUCAGGACACUUGAGCAGACAUACAGCGUUGCAUUGCAACUGCCACCACCCGAUGGCCACGCCACCACCCGCCCCAUCACCGUCAUGGGCAUGCCAGACAAGGUGAACCAGUGCUGCGAGCGCAUUGACCAGAUUAUCAGCAAGAGCGAUGGCGCCUCCAUUCCACAGGGCCACAUCCGAAAAGUUCUGCAUAUUCCGUUUGCGGAUGUUGGUGGUGUCAUCGGGAAGAACGGCAGCACCAUCCGGCAACUGCAGUUGGAGACAAACACGCACCUCAAUGUGGAGACGGAGCUGGAGGUGCCGGCCUCGUCCCUGCGCGACAACUUUACCCUCGCGCCAUCGGGCUCCACGCCCAACGCUAAGGGCACAACCAGCAGCGGCGAUGGCCGUGACGACGAUGAAGAGCGCGGGGUGUGCGACGGCGGUGAGAGCGACUACGAUGACCACCAGACAGCAGUAAUGACUGGCAGCAACACCCACUCUCCAACCACAGCUACCAUGCCCUCGCCCACAGCCUCGUCACCGGCCGUGAAGGAGAGCACGGCGCAGACGGGGCUUGCUGAGGAAGCAGCGUCACCAACUGCAAAGGAAACCCAUGCGCAAGCCAUGGUUAAGGUGAAGGAGAUUGCGCUGGUGGGCCCGGCAGAGGGUGUGGCUGAGCUGGAACGGUUCAUUUCCAACCUCAUUGCUGUGCGACACCUCAAGCUUGACGGGCCCAAAGCAGGCGUCCGCAGGAACAUCUUCAUUGACGAGAGUCAAGUUGGCAUCGUCAUCGGCAAACACGGAUCUCGUGUACAGAGCCUGCAGGCGCACACAGGAUGCGAAAUCAACGUGACGCAAGAGGAGCACGUGUACGUUGAUGCACAGGGCAAUCGGAAGGUGCAGCGACUGAUUGAGUUGCGCGCACGCGAAGUUGAUGUCGUCGACGCAUGCGAGAAGAUGCUCAAGGAGAUGGCGCCGAUUCCCGUCUCUAUUCCCUCAGGCUACUUCAUGGGUGUCCCGUCCAUCCCUUCACCCUAUUCUAUGCAGCCGUACAUGGGCUCUCCUCAACUGUGA